AUAGCAGUAGCUGUAAGAGAAGAAAUGCAAAAUUGAGCUUCUCUCUCUAGAAAAAUUAGGGCAAGAGUCUCUCUCUCUAACGCAACCAGGGCAAGAGUUUCUCUCUAACAAAACUAGGGCGAGGAUCUCUCUCUCUGUCAUUUAAGAAGAGGACGCUUGGUUUCCUUGAGAGGAAAGAACACGUUCGGGUUUUGAAAAGGAAACGAGAUACGCUUCUCUAUAGGAAAGUUAGGGUUUCUCGAGCUUCUGGUUUCUCCUCGUUGCUGUUUCUUCGAGUGUUGCAGAGAGUAAGAAGAACAAAGGAAGGGCUUUUACGAUACUGAACUUAGAGAGCUUCUUAGUUCUGGCAAAGAAUUUCUCUCGUGUUAGUUUGCGGAAAUAAGGGUUUUGCUCUCAGUUGAUGUGGUUGAGGAGGAGAUGAAAGUGUUCUCUAUUUUCAAUAAUUAAGGAGUUUUGAGUUCUUUGGUUUCGGACAAUCAAGCUUGUUUGCAGAAGGAAUUGAUUCUUUUCACGUUUGAUUCAGAGCCUGGGCCUUUUGUUGUCACUUUGCUCUGAAAGUUAAGGUUUUUAGAGUUACUUGUUUGGGAUGCACGAGAGUGGAGGUGAAGAAGUUGCGGGAAAAGGAGUCAGGGUCAGUGCGGAGGAGAAGGAGAGAGCAGUGUUUAUGUGGGGCUAUCUUCCUGGUGCUUCUCCACAAGGAGCCCCUCUGCUUCUUCCAACUCCUGUACCUAAACCUACGCCAGAGGAUUCAUGGAAAGAUGUUUGUCCAGGUGGUUGUGGGUUUGCCAUGGCUAUUUCAGAAUCCGGAAAGCUCAAUACUUGGGGUUCUACAGAAAACAUGGGCCAAAGUUAUGUGACAGCUGGGAAGCAUGAGGAAACUCCAGAACCAUACCCACUUCAAAAUGAUGCCCCUAUAUUGAAGGCUGGUGCUGGUUGGGCUCACUGUGUCGCAGUCACAGACAGUGGAGAAGUCUAUACUUGGGGCUGGAAGGAGUGUGUUCCAACUGGUAAGUUGGUGGUCGAUCAGGCAUUGAAAGGAGUAAUGGAGAAGGAUCUUAAUCAAGGAACAAGGGACAAAACCCCUGCUUUCUUGCAGACAGAUAUAUCAGAAGGCAAGAUAGCUUCAGUGAGUCCCAAAUCUCAAGCAAUUCAUUCAGUUUCAAGAUCAAGUUCUGGAACAACAUCUAGUCAGGAAUAUAAAGGGAGUGAGGAAGGCUCCAAGCGUAGAAGGUUAUCGACACAAAAGCAAGCUUCUGAAAGCUCAAGCAGCAAUGAAGAAUCGUUUUCGGCAUUACCAUGUUUAGUCACAUUGAGUCCUGGAGUGAGGAUUGCCUCAGUUGCUGCAGGUGGGCGGCAUACUUUGGCAUUGUCAGUUUCAGAUAUAGGUCAGGUGUGGGGUUGGGGCUAUGGAGGGGAAGGGCAGCUAGGAUUGGGUUUUCGAAUUCGAACAGUUUCCUCUCCCCAUCCUAUCGCGUGCAUCGAGACCUCUUCUUACUGUAAAGACAAAUCCACGGCAGGUCUGAGAGGAAACAUCACUUCUGAUAUGCAGUUUCAUAAGGUUCCAGGAAGUUAUGUAACGGCUAUUGCAUGUGGGGGCCGACAUAGUUUAGUGCUCACAGAUGCUGGAGCGCUGCUGACCUUUGGCUGGGGACAAUAUGGGCAGUGUGGGCAAGGAAGUACAGAUGAUGAAUUGAGUCCUGCAUUUGUAUCCUCUCUUUCUGGCGUCCAAAUACAAGGCUUAGCUGCUGGGCUGUGGCAUACCAUGUGCAUCUCCUCGACUGGCGAGGUUUACGCUUUCGGUGGAAAUCAGUUUGGGCAAUUAGGCACCGGGGUAGAUCAAGCAGAGACUCGUCCGAGGCUGUUGGAUGCCACCAGUCUAGAGAACAAGCAUGUAAAAAUGAUAUCAUGUGGUGCACGGCACACAGCUAUUAUAACUGAGGAUGCAAAGGUUUUCUGCUGGGGUUGGAACAAGUAUGGCCAGCUUGGUUCAGGUGACGCAAUAGACAGGAGUAUCCCAUCUCAGGUUCCCCUCGACCAUUUGUACCUUCCCACAAACAUUGCAUGUGGAUGGUGGCACACUCUCCUCCUGACACAGGUCCCCCACUAAGCCCCAACUAUAAUGGGUUGUGGGGUAGCUCCAUACUUCAACUACAAUUUUGGCAGGAUAAGGAAAAGUAUUCUUUCUCAAACUAGUGUUGCACUGACUUAAGGAUUAAGCACCAUAAAGAUUGGAUUGCAUACAGCUCUUAUUUCCACACUUGAUUUGGGCCAUGAAAGAAAAUGGCAUAUUUCUUUCAACUUCAAAGGAUAAUUGGCGAGCCUUGAGGAGUCUUACUUAAGGGGUUGGUGUAAGUACCAGGUGUCCCUAAAGAAGAAACACUAUCUUUUCGAGAUCCCAAUCUAGUUUGAGCUCACAACUGCUUUGGAGGGACCGAAAAUAGGAUAACAAAGCAUUGUCAACGGAUGUAAAUUUGUUUAAUUAGUGUAUGCACGAGGGUGAAUGCAUCUCAGAUAGUGUAUAGUUUUGUGAAACACUUGACCCUAGUUUUACUGUAAUUCAUUCUUCAAACUAGGCUGCAACUCUAUUGAAAGUU